AUGCAGGAAGAAAAACCCGCGCUGAACUGUCUGGCAUUGGAUCUGUCCUGCCAGGACCUCGACCGCUUCUAUGAUCACAAUGUGUGGAGCCAGCAGGAGCCCGAGCCACCUGCGCUGCACGCCAACGGGACCGCUUACCUCACCUUCCGGUGCCUGCAGGCUGGUGAUGCCGGGAACUACACCUGCACGCUCUACCUGAACAGCCACAGAAACGCCUCCUUCACCAUCAGGCUGACCAUGGAAGAUCUGUGCAGUGCACCUCCUGAAGUCCUCUUCCCAUCCAGCAACCAGACUUUGGAGCCUGCCUUGGGAAGCCAGAUAACGCUGAACUGCACUGUGCGGCUGCCCUCUCAGCAGCACUGCAACCCCGUCCUGCGCUGGAUGAAAGAUGGCCACUGGCUAGGCAAUGAGAGCAGCCCAUACGCCAGCAAGGAAAAAGUCUGGAUUGGUGACAACGAAACAGAGACGUUCAUGUCCAGCCUUCUGGGGGUGAACCUGACAAGCGACGAGGACUACGGUGUGUUUGCCUGCUGGGUUAGGAAUACCACAGCCACUUUCACACUACAGAGAUCAGAAACUGCUGGACAUGUGAGUGCAGUGCUGGCAGCCCUGUUCGUCCUGGGGCUGCUGUUGCUCAUGGCUGUGAUCUAUGUGAAGUGCCGCUUGAAUAUGCUGCUCUGGUACAGGAACCGUUACGGGGAGCUGGAGAUCAAUGAUGGGAAGCUGUAUGAUGCGUACGUGUCUUAUGCAAACUCCCCGGACGACAGGAAGUUUGUGAACUUCAUUAUGAAGCCGCAGCUGGAGAACCGUCAUGGCUACAAACUCUUCCUGGAUGAUAAGACCAUCCUGCCCAACUCAGAGCCUUCAGCAGACCUGAUUAUGAAUGUGAGCCGGUGCCGGCGCCUCAUUGUGGUUCUCUCGUAUGCAUACCUGGAGCAAGACUGGUGCAUCAACAACUUCAGGGACGGUCUGUUGAGACUGCUGGAACUGUCCCAAAGACCCAUCUUUGUCGCCUUUGAAAGCCAGUAUCGGGAGAUAGAGCAUCUGGCCAUUAACCUGCUGAAACAGCACAAGAAUGCUGUGACCUUACUGCUCUGGCGGGCUGGCUCAAUGACCCCGUCGUCCGAUUUCUGGAAGGAGCUGUGCCUGGCUCUGCCACGGAAGGUGUCCUACCAGGGGAUCAUGGCAGACCCUCAGACCCAGCUCCAGGAGGACAAGGACCCGAUGCUGAUUCUCCACAGCAGCUACCUGGAGUACCAAGGAGACCCCCAUCCUGAGGGAGACCUGGGUGUCCGUGGGUCCAUUUUAAGGGGCCCUCCGCCCCCUCGAAUGACUGGCCCUGAUGGACCACCAGCACUAGCAGCUGGCAUCAUGGAAGAAGUGCAGCUGGAAGAGGGCCAGAGGAGCGAAAUAGACAUCUCUGACCUGGGGUCACGCAACUACGGAGCAAGGACAGACUUCUACUGCCUCGUGACAGAAGACGACCUCUGA